AUCCACAGCAUUCUCCCAUAUUCAAAAAACCACCUGGUCCUCCAUCCGCGGUGUUUCCAGACCUCUCCUUCAAAACUCUCCAUCGCUCCCAAAAUCGCUUCUGGCGUCCCAAACUCUUCAUCCUCCGGUGAUCGAUCACAGUCUUCAGUUAUGGCUACGGCGUCAGGUCUUAUUGCAGUGGCCUUCAAAUCGAGGGAGGAUCAUCGAAAACAGAUUGAAUUGGAGGAAGCACGUAAAUCUGGGCUAGCACCAGCUGAAGUUGAUGAAGAUGGGAAAGAGAUCAAUCCUCAUAUUCCUCAGUAUAUGUCAUCUGCUCCUUGGUAUCUUAACGCUGAGAAGCCGAGCUUGAAACAUCAAAGAAAAUGGAAAUCAGAUCCAAAUUAUACAAAAGCCUGGUAUGACAGAGGUGCAAAAAUAUUUCGGGCUGAUGAGUACCGGAAAGGAGCUUGUGAAAACUGUGGGGCCAUGACACAUAAUGCAAAGUCCUGCAUGGAGAGGCCUAGAAAGAAAGGAGCAAAAUGGACUAGCAUGCACAUUGCACCUGAUGAAAAGAUAGAGAUCUUCGAGCUGGAUUAUGAUGGCAAAAGGGAUAGAUGGAAUGGUUUUGAUGCUGCAACUUAUGCUCGUGUCAUUGAGAGAUAUGAAGCAAGGGAUGAGGCUAGAAGGAAGUACCUGAAAGAGCAGCAGCUGAAAAGGUUAGAGGAGAAAAAUAGUAAGCAGAAUGGAGAGGGGGAGGUCAGUGAUGACGAUGAGUAUGAAGAUGCUCUGAAGGUUGAUGAGGCCAAGGUUGAUGAAAGCAAACAAAUGGAUUUUGCAAAGGUUGAGAAGCGUGUUCGCACAACCGGUGGUGGAAGCACAGGAACUGUCAGAAAUUUGCGUAUUCGGGAGGACACAGCGAAGUAUCUUUUAAACCUUGAUGUCAACUCUGCUUAUUAUGAUCCCAAAACUCGGUCCAUGCGUGAAGAUCCUCUUCCUGAUGCUGACCCAAAUGAGAAGUUUUACGCAGGAGAUAACAAAUACAGAGUGAGUGGGCAAGCUUUAGAUUUCAAGCAGCUUAAUAUUCAUGCAUGGGAGGCAUUUGAAAAAGGACAAGACGUGCACAUGCAAGCUGCUCCAUCUCAAGCGGAAUUGCUUUUUAAGAACUAUAAGGUCAUUAAGGAGAAGUUGAAGUCAAAAAUGAAAGAUGCCAUUAUGGAAAAGUAUGGGAAUGCUGCAACUGUAGAAGAACUUCCUAAGGAGCUUCUUUUUGGACAAACUGAGAAAGAAGUUGAAUAUGACCGUGCUGGAAGAGUUAUAAAGGGCAUGGAGACAUCCUUGCCGAAAAGCAAGUAUGAGGAGGAUGUUUACAUCAAUAACCACACAAGUGUCUGGGGGUCAUGGUGGAAGGAUCACCAAUGGGGCUACAAGUGUUGCAAGCAAACAAUUCAGAACAGUUAUUGCACUGGUGCAGCUGGAAUUGAGGCAUCUGAGUCAGCUGCCAACCUAAUGAAGGCAAAUAUUGACCGCAAAGCAGCAUCUGAAGAGACCUCCUCUCCAACAGAAGAGAAAAGGCUUGCUACUUGGGGAGCUGAUAUACCUGAAGACUUGGAGCUUGACCAGAAAAAACUUGGUGAUGCUCUUAAGAAGGAGGAUGAGAGAAGGAAGGAAGAGAAGGAUGAAAGAAAGCGUAAAUAUAAUGUUACAUGGAAUGAUGAGGUUACUCCUGAGGAGAUGGAGGCAUAUCGGAUGAAAAAGGUACAUCAUGAUGAUCCGAUGAAAGAUUUUGUGCGCUAGGAUUCAUAGCUGUCAUGUGGAUACUGUAAGCUUCAAAGACUUGAUUAGAAUCCUAUCGACUAGAGAAACAUUUAUCCAAUUCUGCCGAGCCAUUGUCAUAUUGUGAAUGCCCGGAAAAGGAAAAUGAAUUCAACCCUUUCUCAUUGAUAUUGGA